GAGAGAGAGAGAGAGAGAGAGAGAGAGUCUAGAGAGAGAACCGAAGAACGAAAGAAUCAAAAGCUUCGAAUUUUUCCAUUUUUCCUUUGAUUCAGAGAAGCGGGAACGAAGAACAGAGGCGCAAUCAAUCGACCCUCGAAGCUCAAAUGAUGAUAGCUUAUGCGGAGCGCUUCGUCCACGAGAACGACAGCGAGAUGAGGCAAGACGACGGCGUCUCUGGCCUGGACCUCCAGCUCCAGGGGACCCUAGACUGGUCCCCCGCGGCGACCGCCUCCGCCUCCAAGGACUUCGGCGGCCUCCGCUCGGCCAAGCCCCUCGCCGUCGUCCGCCCCUCAGGCUCCGACGACGUGGCCCGCUCCGUCAAGGCCGCCCUCCGGUCGCCCAACCUGACCGUCGCCGCCAGGGGCAACGGCCACUCCAUCAACGGCCAGGCCAUGUCGGACGGCGGCCUCGUCGUCGACAUGCGCUCCGCGGACACCGACCACUUCCAGGUCGUCGGCGGCGGGUGCGGGGCCGACUACGCUGUCGUCGCCGGAGGGGCAUUAUGGGAAGACGUCCUGGAGCGGUGCCUGCGGUACGGCCUCGCGCCGCGGUCGUACACCGACUUCCUGGGCCUGACGGUGGGGGGGACGCUGUCCAACGCCGGGCUCAGCGGCCAGGCCUUCCGCUACGGCCCGCAGACGUCGAACGUGACGGAGCUGGAGGUCGUGACCGGCCUGGGCGAGACGCUGAUUUGCAGCCGCAGCGACAACUCCGAGCUCUUCUUCGCCGUCCUCGGCGGACUUGGCCAAUUCGGCAUAAUCACCAAGGCAAAAAUCUUGCUUCAACCCGCACCUGAUAUGGUGCGGUGGAUAAGAGUGGUGUAUGCGGAUUUUGGCGAGUUCACCCGGGACGCUGAGUCGCUGGUGACUCGGCCGGACGGCGACACGUUCGACUACAUCGAAGGGUUCGCGUUCGUGAACAGCGACGACCCGGUCAACGGCUGGCCCACCGUGCCGCUCGACCGGGACCAGCGGUUCGACCCGGCCCGGCUGGCCCCAGACGCCGGCUCGGUUCUCUACUGCCUCGAGCUGGGCCUCCACCACCAGGGCAGCGACUCUCCCUCGUCCGUCGAUUCGGUGGCGGGGAGAUUGCUCGGGCGGCUGGGAUUCGUGGAGGGGCUGGAGUUCCGGCGGGACGUGAGCUACGCGGAGUUCCUGCUGCGGGUGAAGCACGCGGAGCGGCACGCCAAGGCCACCGGCCUCUGGGAUGCACCGCACCCGUGGCUGAACCUGUUCGUCUCCAAGGCCGACAUCGCCGACUUCGAUCGGACAGUGUUCAAGGGCAUCCUGAAGGACGGCGUCGGCGGGCCCAUGCUGGUCUACCCCAUCCUCCGGACCAGGUGGGACAAGCGCACGUCCGUGGUGUUGCCGGAAUCCGGCGAGAUUUUCUACCUCGUGGCCUUGCUCCGGUACGCUCUCCCGUACCCGGAUGGCCCGUCAGCCGACAAGGUGGUCUCGCAGAACCGUGACAUCCUACAGGCCUGCGACAAGAACGGGUUCGACUACAAGCUGUACCUCCCCUACUACCAGUCGCAGGAGGAGUGGAAGCGGCACUUCGGGAAGCAGUGGGCGAGGUUCGUGGAGAGGAAGGCGAGGUUCGACCCGAUGGCCAUCCUCGCGCCGGGGCAGAAGAUCUUCUCGAGAUCAUCGGUGCCCGGUAAGAUGGCGUGCGAUGGCAGCGGGUUGUAAGAAGGGGGGUUGGAAGGGGGUCGCCCUGUUGGCAUCUGCGUUAGGUUUUUGUCUUUCCUUCGGUGGGUUUUUUCAUUGCAAGAUUUGUUCUGAACAAUGUUGGAGCAAUAUGUAAAUGAAAUAUUUUUCAUGGCCAAAAAUGGAAAAUUGUUUCU